AUGAAGUUGUGGCAAUUGUUCAUCUUUGGAUCCCUUGGAUCCUGCCUGGGGCAAGGGCGUGAGGAAUCCAUAGAGGUGUCUCCUGACCCGGACGUUGAAGUUGAGGUGCCAACUGAAGAACCUGAUGAGUUGCAGGAAGACUGCGCUCAAUGCCCAGUGCGGCUACUGGAAGUGGUGAGCAAGGAGGACGAUCCAGAUGCUGCAGCCACCCUACAACUGAACGAUGCGGGACUGAAAUUCCUGGAAUCCCAACGCUCACCCUUGUUUCUGGCGGCCUUCUUAGUGAUCUUUCGACAGUUUUUGCCACGUUUUCAGUGGUGGCCCAUGGUGGCCCUCUACGAAACUGUACAAAAAGUGAUGGGCUUCGUGGGCGAGGUCUCCAACAACACGGUAGAGCACCAGUUUCCUUAUGGCGCUAGCAGCGCCCGUGCUAAAACCGAUGGAACCUUCCAAGACGAAGGCGGGAUGGCCAUGGAUGGCCAAGCAAGUCAUGCUUUCAUUGAAAUCAGCUCCGGCUCGGAGACGGAAUGGACCUCGGCCUCCGACUGGGCCGAAACCGAUGAUUUCGACUGGGUUCCAGCGGAGUAUCGCUGCGUGGAUCGCGUGGAUCGCAUCGUGUCGAAGCGGCGGCGCUGCGGUAGCAGCUGGUUGUCAUCAGCCACCAGUUUAGGAGGUCACCCUCGCAUGGCUGACCUCUAUGGCUUCAUGUAUCGCCGGGAGACGGCCCGAAUCCGAAAAGAGAUGGGCUUGCCAUCGGACGAAUGGUACGCGGAAGGGGACCUCAUGCGGUCUGUUUUCCUCACCAACGUCCGGCGGGAGGACGAUGUGACCACCCGUGCAGUUCGAGCUGCUUUACAGCCAGCCUUGGAGGCCUGGAAAGAGCUCAGCGGUCCACAUUCCAAACUGCGCUUAGCGGGUCUCAUGGUGUUUCACUGCGCCCUCUGGCGGGCCUUUGGCACCAAGGAGUUUAUCCAUUCCUUGGGCUUCAUGGAGUUUGAAACCUGGGAUGAAUCUGCUUGGCGCCCGGUGGUGGAUGUAGCUAUGAGCUGCUGGCAGAAGGGGAUCCUUUGCUUCAGCCAGGCCUACUGUCCUUCGCGUACCUGGCGCAAACGCGAAAGCUCUGCAGCGAGAAAUCCCAGACCGGCCAUCGGGCAGGCGCUGGUGCGCUCGCUGUUUCAGGAGGUCUGUCAGGUCCACCUGGGCAGCCUUUGGGAGCGGCGUUACGACAUCGUGAGGGCGGCAGAGGAUGGCUAUUCCUGGCAACAGGUGGUGCGAGCGAUCAUGACAGUGCCCAACUACGGUGGUACAGGCUUCUUAGCCAAAGAACUGGCGCAAGACCUUCUGAAGACACCUUUGUUUUGCACUUGGAACAGUGCAAAUGGCUCUUGGGAAAAUCACUGCCAAGACCUCAACGACUGGUGUCCAGUAGGUCCUGGCGCCCGGCGCGCGCUCAACCGGCUGCAUGGCAGGCCUACGAAGGAGAACUGCUAUAGCAGCAGCCGUGCGGUGCAAGAAAGCUUCGUUCAAGAGCUCUUGGACGUGUACGCGCAGCGGCAGCUCUUUUGGAACCCAAGUCACAUGAUCGAUGACUGGUACCCAUCAGGAGAACUGACUCUGCACGACGUUCAGUUCCAGCUGUGCGAGUUCGACAAGUAUGAGCGAGCAAAGCACAACGAAGGCUUUGUUCGUAGAUAUGUUCCCUCGGAUGGAGAACCAAGGCGAGAUCAAGGAGAUGAAGGGGCCGAGGCAACUGGCCACCUUAGAGUGAGAUGUGCGCAGAUAUCGAAUUCGUGUUAA